AGAGGAAGUUUAACUUGAAGUUUAACUCUCUCACUCUUGUCAGUCUGGACUCACAAACACGAGGACCAUGGCUCAGUUCAGACCAGCGCUUCUCACUCUUCUUCUCACUUUUCUUCUCACACUUCACCUGCACUGCACAGAUUCAGCUCCACCUGAGUUUGUGAAAAAGGGAGGAAGUAUCACUUUGCCCUGUAAGAACGUGGGACAAAACAAAAAUAAUGGAAAUAUACAAAAGUGUAAUGGAACCAUGUGGAUUUUUAACUCGACUGAAAAACAACAAAAAUCUGAAGUCCUUAUUGAACAUGGAAAAAUCACCUCCAAAGUCCCAGAGAUGAAACCUCGACUCAGAGUGACACAGGAGUGUGGUCUGGAGAUUCAAAAUGUUCGUCCUCAGGAUGCUGGAAAGUUUCAGUGUCAAUUUAACCAAUCAGGACGUCACCUGCCCCCUGACGCUUCUGUGUACCUCUCUGUGGUCUCAUUGAUUACAUCAAAAUACAUGGAGAAGAAUAUUCAGUUCAAAUGUAAUGUGUCCUCCUCUCUCUCUGCUGUCAAAACAAAAUGGCUGCUCAACGGCAAAGACAUCAAUAAUAAAAAUAUAACAACUCAUCAAACAGGCACCACUGUUAAAGUUCCAUUCAACUCACUUUCCAGUUACAAAAACCAGCUUGAAUGUGAAGUGACUCAUGGACUCAAGAAGAUGAAGAGUUUCACUCUAGCGGAGCUUUUAACUACAACUGUAACAACCCAGAACAAGAAAGAAGAAGAAGACGCCAAUAAAAGUUCGCUGUGGGCAAUUCUGGUAGCUGGAGUUCUUCUCAUUGUGGGGGGGAUCAUAUGGAAGAAACACAAAGGUCAGUCUGAGUGAGGAGGAGGAGGUGACCUACAGCUCAGUGAGGAAGACAGCGGUGGAGGACCCUGCUCAGCUCUACGCCACCGUCAGAACAUGAAACAGCAACCAACCAACCCACCGACUGAUCAACCAACCGACCCACCAACUGACCCACCGACUGAUCAACCAACCGACCCACCAACUGACCCACCAACUGAUCAACCAACCGACCCACCAACCGACCCACCAACUGAUUAAACAACCGAUCCACCAACUGAUCAACCAACCGACUGAUUAACCAACUGAUCCAACAAAUGACCCACCGACUGAUUAACCAACUGACCCACCGACUGAUCAACCAACCCACCGACUGAUCAACCAACCGAUCCACCAACCAAUCCGCCGACUGAUUAACCAACCGACCCACCAACCGACCCACCAACUGAUUAACUAACCAACCCACCGACUGAUCAACCAACCGACCCACCAACUGACCCACCGACUGAUCAACCAACCGACCCACCAACUGACCCACCAACUGAUCAACCAACCGAUCCACCAACUGAUCAACCAACCGACUGAUUAACCAACUGAUCCAACAAAUGACCCACCGACUGAUUAACCAACCGACCCACCAACAACUAACCAACCCAAAACAAACGAACAAAAAUGUACAUUCCAACACCAACGUGUGGACUGACCAACAGGAACAAGGCUCUUUCAAAUAUAAAGUAUUGUGACGUUUUAAUGCAAAAAAUUUAAUGAAAAUAUAUUUAACUUGUGAGUUGUAGAUGUAACACAAGUAGAAAUAGUAGACCUAAUCCACAAAGAACUAAUAAUUCCCUGGAAGUAGUAGUGGAGGCCUUGUAGUACUGGUAAUAAUCUAUUAGAAGUAUCAGUGGUCAAAUAUUAAAUAUUAGUAGUAGCAGUCUUGUAAUAGUACAGCCUAGUGCUAGUAUCCUAAUAACAAUCAACUUUUUAUUUCAAUAUCAACUUGUAGAGCACAUUUACAACAACUUAUAACAAUGCCUUAAUAGUAGUAGCGUAGUAGUAGUAUUGUUAGCAAUCCUAAAAAAGAAGUUGUCAGCGCAGUAAUAUUUUUGUUGUUAUCCAGUGUUUUUUGUGUAAAUAUUAAAGUUAAAGUUAGUUAGACAGCAGAAGUAACUGGGCCCUAAAUAUGAGAGAAAGAAAAGAUAAAGCUCCACAGAAGAGGAACAGAAGCAGAAGAGGAAGAGGCAGAGGAGAAAAGGAGGAGCAGUAUAAGAAACAUAAAUGUUCAAAUCAUUUCAUAUUGUUGUAUGAAAAUUAAUUUAUCCUGCACAUAAAUCUCUCAGGUUAACACUGACUCACAGGAGUUAUAGUAACACCAUCAUGUUUCCUCGGCACACCACUGACACCAUUCUCUAACCUGUGGCAUGUUGCUGUUUAUCCGAUGUCUACAGGUCUUCAUAGUCUCACCACACUCGCUUUAUAAACCUCCUCCCGUGGAAGCAGAGUCAAGGGGCUUAACAUUCAAAGAUUAAACUCUGUUCCCAUUUGAAAUCAUACUAUGUUCACUUCUGAAAUCAUACUAUGUUCACUUCUGAAAUCAUACUAUGUUCACUUCUGGAAUCAUACUAUGUUCCCAUUUGAAAUCAUACUAUGUUCAGUUCUGAAAUCAUACUAUGCUCAGUUCUGAAAUCAUGCUAUGUUCACUUCUGAAAUCAUACUAUGUUCUCUUUUGAAAUCAUACUAUGUUCACGUUUGAAAUCAUACUAUGUUCACUUCUGAAAUCAUACUAUGUUCCCAUUUGAAAUCAUACUAUGUUCACAUUUGAAAUCAUACUAUGUUCACUUCUGAAAUCAUACUAUGUUCCCGUUUGAAAUCAUACUAUGUUCCCGUUUGAAAUCAUACUAUGUUCCCGUUUGAAAUCAUACUAUGUUCACAUUUGAAAUCAUACUAUAUUCACAUUUGAAAUCAUACUAUGUUCACGUUUGAAAUCAUACUAUGUUCACGUUUGAAAUCAUACUAUGUUCACGUUUGAAAUCAUACUGUGUUCACUUCUGAAAUCAUACUAUGUUCAGUUCUGAAAUCAUACUAUGUUCAGUUCUGAAAUCAUACUAUGUUCAGUUCUGAAAUCAUACUAUGUUCAGUUCUGAAAUCAUACUAUGUUCCCGUUUGAAAUCAUACUAUGUUCACUUCUGAAAUCAUACUAUGUUCCCGUUUGAAAUCAUACUAUGUUCACAUUUGAAAUCAUACUAUGUUCACUUCUGAAAUCAUACUAUGUUCACGUUUGAAAUCAUACUAUGUUCACUUCUGAAAUCAUACUAUGUUCCCAUUUGAAAUCAUACUAUGUUCACAUUUGAAAUCAUACUAUGUUCACAUUUGAAAUCAUACUAUGUUCCCAUUUGAAAUCAUACUAUGUUCCCAUUUGAAAUCAUACUAUGUUCACAUUUGAAAUCAUACUAUGUUCACUUCUGAAAUCAUACUAUGUUCCCGUUUGAAAUCAUACUAUGUUCCCGUUUGAAAUCAUACUAUGUUCACGUUUGAAAUCAUACUAUGUUCCCAUUUGAAAUCAUACUAUGUUCACUUCUGAAAUCAUACUAUGUUCACAUUUCUAGUCCCCCCAGGUCGUAUUACUGAUGUAAAUAAACUUCUCCUGCUUAAGACUCCA